AUGCUGGAGCAGCGCGACAAGGAGGGGCGCGCCAGGGACGCACUGGCAGCAGAGAUCCGCGCCCUCAAGGAGCAGCUGGCGGACGCGGCCGCAGCUGCAGAGAAGCUGCGCUCAGAGGUCGCGGCCCGGGACGCCGCCAUCACCGAGGGCCAGGGCUCCCUGGCUGCGGCCCAGCGCCACGCCAAGGAUCUGGAGACGCACAAAUUUGUGCUGACUCAUCGCGUCGACCAGCUCCAAAAGUCGCUGGAGCCGCAGGAGGGCGCCGCCGCCGCCGCGCGCGCCCAGAUCGCCGCCCAGGAGCGCGAGCUGCUCGCGUCGCAUUCGGCGCUGCUCGCGGCGCGGCGAGCCGCGGGGGAGAAGGAGGUCGCGCUGCGCGCGCUAAAGGGGGAGGCUUGGGGCCUGAAGCAGCUGGUGGCGCGGCAGAGGCAGCUGCUGGACGCGUUUGCCGGGGAGCUGUUCCAGGCCGUAUCGCAGUCGGACGAGCGGCCGCCCGGCGGCAAGUCUGAGCGCGCCAAGUCCCUAGAGGCCCUGGUGGCGAAAUACUGCAGCAGCGGGACGAAGCAGCUGGGCGGUGCGCUCGCCGAGCCCGGGCGCGCUCGCGGGCGCGUGCGCGAGCGCCUUGAUUUGGACAUGGGCGCGGCGCCCCAGACCAGCGCCGAGGUCGAGGGUGAGCUGGCGCGCCACAACCGCCUGGCGGAGGCGCGCGGGGACGCCCUGGAGAGGCGCCUGGAGCAGGUGCGCGUGGAGGCGCGACGGCGCCAGACCCUGGGGCUGCAGCAGAACGCGCAGCUGCUGGCGGAGCUGGGCCACCUGGCGCGCGGUCACCGCGAGACGGCCAGGGCCCUCGGCGCCGCGCUCGCGCAGCUGGCGGCCGCGCGGCGGCCCGGCGCGGGGGCCGGCGGCUGCGGCGUGGCGCACUUUCCGCAGCAGCAGCAGCAGCAGCAGCAGCAGCAGCAGCAGCAGCAGCAGCAGCAGCAGCAGCAGCAGCAGCAGCAGCAGCAGCAGCAGCAGCAGCAGCAGCAGCAGCGACUCCGUCCACGUCCGGGCUCCCCGCCGACGGCGGGGCGCCUCGCGAGCGCAGGGGUGGGGAAGGCCGCCGCGGCCAUGGUCGGUGUUGAGCACGCCAGGGUGCUGGACCUGGAGGGCCAGCUGCGGCACGCCGCGGUGGCGGCAGCUGAGCAGGCGGCGAGGAUCGAGGGGCUGGAGGCGCUGCUGGUUCGCCGGCAGGAGCAGCAGCAGCAGCAGCAGCAGGGGGAGGAGGAGGACAAGGAGGGCGGCCUGUCUGGGUCGGACGAGGAGGGAGGGGCGGCGUGGGGCAACCCUGCGGUGAUCGGCGGCGGCGGGGAGGGCGCCCGUGGCGGGGCAACGCCCGGAAGGGGGCACCCGGGGUCUGCGGUGGCUGGUGCGCCGCGCGCGCCGGCUCGGCGAGCGGCGUCGCCGCCCGCGAAGGCUCUGGCGCCGGGGGCGCGGCCGGCGACGGCGGGCGGCGGCGGCGGCGGGAUGCACGCUCAGCUGCGUGCGCAGGUUGAGGCCUGGCGGGGCCGGGGCUGA